AUGGCGACGCCUCAGCGCUCGGUGUUCUGCGACCGUCCCUUCAUCACGUACCCGACGCGGGACCGUCUGUAUGGACUUUGCUGGAGGCCAGACUUGAACUCCCUGCGAAUUGCCGCCUCUACCUUCAUCCUGGGCGAGUACGCCAAUAGAAUCGAGAUCUUCCACCCGACGGCCAACCAGAAGGAGGUGGUCUCCGCGCUGGAGAUCGACCACCCGUACCCACCCACCAAGAUCAUGUGGUCGCCGGCUUCGCUUGGUUCGCAUGUGGAAUUGCUGGCAACAACCGCCGACUUUUUGCGACUCUGGACGAUCUCAGAUUCGUCCAUAGAGCUGCACUCGAGAUUCACAGCGAAAAAGAAUAACAAUGAUGCCUGCGCACCGCUCACAAGUUUUGAUUGGAAUGAAGUGGAGCCAAAUAUCAUCGGAACGUCCAGCACAAGCAACACGUGCACCAUCUGGGACAUCAAUCAACCGACAUCACCAAAGCACAAUAUCGGUACGCACGACACUGAAGUGUACGACAUUGCGUUCUCAAGUAGCGACCCCCAGAAGUUCGCUUCGGUGGGUGGUGACGGAUCGCUGCGGCUAUUUGACUUGAGAUCGUUGGCUUCAAGCACCAUCGUGUACGAAGAUCCGAAUGCACCUCUUCUCAGACUAGCGUGGAAUAAACGCGAUGAUCGCUUCAUUGCGACGUUCGCUGACGACAGCUCCAAGAUUUCUGUCAUCGACCUCCGUCGCCCUAUCUACCCUAUGGCGGAGCUGAACCAGCACCAGGCAGGCGUCAACUCAAUGUCAUGGUCUCCUCACUCACGAUACGAUCUGUGUAGUGCUGGAGAAGACAACACAGCAAUCGUGUACGACAUCUGCGCUCAAAUGACGAGUUCGGAUGAUAACGUUGACGGCACUUGCUACACUUUACUGAAGUCGGACGAACCUAUCAACCAGAUCCGGUGGUCACCUACGGAACCAAAUUGCAUCGCACUAUGCGACGAGAAGGCCCUGCACGUCGUGCAGAUGUAA